AUGCGAUUCCUUCCUUAUAUUUUACGGAAGUGUUCGGGUUUUAUAACGAGCGACGAAAAUUCUUAUUUUUUAAUAAAAAUAUUCAUUAAACUUUUAUCUCGGCUUUCUUUCUUUCUUUCUUUCUUUCUUUCUUUCUUUCUUUCUUUCACGUACUUUGUAUCAUUCUUUCUUUCUUUCUUCCUUUCAAGUACUUUGUAUCAUUCUUUCUAUCUUUCUUUCUUUCUUUCUUUCUUUAACCAUCAUCUAUCUAUCUAUCUAUCUAUCUAUCUAUCUAUCUAUCUAUCUAUCUGUGUUUUAUUAUCUAUCUAUCUAACUAUCUAUCUAUCUAUCUAUCUAUCUAUAUUUUAUCUAUCUAUCUAUCUAUCUAUCUAUCUAUCUAUCUAUCUAUCUAUCUCAUUUCUUUACCUAUCAAACUUUUCAUUAUCUAUCUAUCUAUCUAUCUAUCUAUCUAUCUAUCUAUCUAUCUCAGACUUUUCCUUUUCUAUCUCUCUGUCUAUCUAUCAUUUUUUUCCUGCCUAUCUACCAACCUAUAUCUCAGCCCUUUCCUUUUCUUUCUUUCUUUCUUUCUUUCUUUCGAUUGUUCUUUCUUUCUUUCUUUCUUUCUUUCUUUCUAUCUGGACCUCAGCCUUUUCCCUUUCUAUUUUUUUCUUUUCUAUCUAUCUAAAUAUCAGCCGUUUCCCUAUCUAUCUAUCUAUCUAUCUAUCUAUCUAUCUAUCUAUCUAUCUAUCUAUCUAUCUUCUUAGCUACCUAGACCUCAGCUUUUAUCCUUUCUAUCUCUCUCUCUCUCUCUCUCUUUUUCCAUUAUCUAUCUAUCUAUCUAUCUAUCUAUCUAUCUAUAUUCUUACCUACCUAGACCUCAGCCUUUUCCCUUUCUAUCUGUCUCUCUCAACCUCAGCCUUUUCCCUUUCUAUCUGUCUCUCAGUUUUCCAUUAUCUAUCUAUCUAUCUAUCUAUCUAUCUAUCUAUCUAUCUAUCUAUCUAUCUAUCUAUCUAUCUUUUUACUUACCUAGACCUCAGCCUUUUUAGUUUUCUAUAUGUCUCUCUCAGUUUUCCAUUAUCUAUCUAUCUAUCUAUCUAUCUAUCUAUCUAUCUAUCUUCUUACCUACCUAGACCUCAGACUUUUCCCUUUCUGUCUCUCUCAGUUUUCCAUUAUCUAUCUAUCUAUCUAUCUAUCUAUCUAUCUAUCUAUCUUCUUAGCUACCUAGACCUCAACUUUUAUCCUUUCUAUCUCUCUCUCUCUCUCUCUCUCUCUCUCUCUGUCUCUGUUUUCUAUCUAUCUAUCUAUCUAUCUAUCUAUCUAUCUAUCUAUAUCAGUUUUUCUUUUCUAUUUACAUCUAUCUAUCUAUCUUCUUACCGACCUAGACCUCAGCCUUUUCCCUUUCUAUCUGUCUCUCAGUUUUCCAUUAUCUAUCUAUCUAUCUAUCUUCUUACCUACCUAGACCUCAGACUUUUCCCUUUCUAUCUGUCUCUCUCAGUUUUCCAUUAUCUAUCUAUCUAUCUAUCUAUCUAUCUAUCUAUCUAUCUAUCUUCUUACUUACCUAGACCUCAGCCUUUUCCUUUUUCUAACUGUCUCUCUCAGUUUUCCAUUAUCUAUCUAUCUAUCUAUCUAUCUAUCUAUCUAUCUAUCUUAUUACUUUAUUCUGUCUUUCUUUUCCAAGUUAAUAAUACUUUCCCUGGCCUUUUCUUCAUGUAUGAACAGAAGUUGGAAAAUAUGACAGCGAAAGCUGAAGUGACACGGGAUUAG